AUGGAAGAUACCGAUCAAACUGAGACUACCAGGCAACCAACGUUGUCUGAUAGUUCUAGCGAAACAGAAGCUUCGAAGCCUAACUGGGAUAAUCGCAUAUCGAGAUACAAGGUAGUGGAAUUCUUCGAGGAGCAGAAAGACAGUGAGCUUGAGCAGUAUAUCUUUAUUGUGCGGGUGCGAGUUGAUAAAGUUUCAAAGGAGCCCACCACCUACGUUGAUAUUAAGUCGAAAUUUUUAUGUGGUAUAGUUUACGAUAUUAUGAAAGGAGCCAAUGUUCCUUUAAAUCUGCGCGAGAAUAAGCCCACGGUUGAGCAAAACCUUUUAUAUCUCUUCCUUUCCGAGCUUGUCGAGGCGCAGCGUGCGGUUCACGUGGAGGAGCACGGGCGGCAUCUAGCUAUACUAGUCGCCCAUGUUGAAGGAGCUUACGCCUCUAUCUCUAAACGCCUUGCACCGUUGCUAAGUAUUGGGGAAAUUACAUAUGAUCUCCUCUGGGCUAUAUUUAAACCCGGUUCUUUUGUGUAUGGAACCUGCAGUGGCACAGAGAAACCGAGAUGCGUUGUGUUCGACACGGCACAGAAUGAGGAAUAUAAUGGCCUAGAAUACUUCUGUCUAGUGACCCACUACUUGGACUUUGAUGGAAAAGAAUUUGGACUUGCCACGAUACGACUCAGGAUACCCAGGUUUACGGGGCUGCGCUUGAUCCGCUCUCUUCCAGCAUUCCCUCUUGCCUACCACCCAAGGAAGGACAACGUGAGACAGAGUCUCCUCGAGUGCGGCCGUAAAUUUUACCAGCUGGCUGGGAUACAUACUAGGCAAUACCAUGGCCGCGCCUUCUUCGUAGAGAACGGCGAGAUUGUGAAGGUUAACGUUAAUGGCCGCGUUGUGAUCGAUGCCGCGUUUUUCCAGUCGAUGAACCCGAAUUACCCAAGACCAUGGAUCGACGUGAGGGAUUCAUACACGCUCGCUAAUAAUGGGGCCCGUGAUACCGACUCUAACUUAGUGAGGCUUGGACAGUGCCAAAAUGAGAACCUCAAACAGAGUGACGUCCGGCUAUCCAAUAUAAAAGACGAUGCAUUGCUGACGAGCUGCCCCACGGUCCUCGGUUUUAGCCUUAACGACAAGCGAUUCCUUGAGUUUGCUGUUGCUAAUAUCGGUGAAGUUACUUGGGCUUCCAACCCCUUUAAAUGCCUGGCCAUUCCAGCCGAAAAUAAAGACCUCCUCACUUCCCUCGCUAUGAAGCAAUUGGGUAUCGUAUGCAGCUUACCAUUCGAUGACGUCGUUAGGGUCGUUAGUGGGCCGCCAGGCGUUGGAAAGACUCUGACCGCCGAAGCCUUAUCUGAGCACCUCCAUCGCCCUCUUUACUCGAUAUCGGCUGGCGAAUUAAUCGCUGAGCCUGGCAGGCUUGAGGCCACCCUCAAACUUAUCCUCAAGAUAGCUAAACACUGUGGUGCUAUACUCCUGUUGGAUGAAGCUGACGUGUUCCUUGAACGUCGUUCACAUUUUAACGACCAUCAUAACCGGCUGGUUGCCGUCUUCCUUCGCGCGCUAGAAUACUCCGAGGGAAUCUUGUUCUUAACGACUAACCGCGUAACUGAAUUUGACGAUGCUAUACUUAACAGAGUGCAUCUGAAGCUAAGAUAUGAUGGCCUUAGUCGAGAGCAGCGGAAGCAUGUCUGGAAGUAUUUCAUCUCUAAAGCUAACACUCAUCAGGGGCCUGCGGAUAUAACCGCAGCUGAGCUUAAUUCCUUGGAAACAUUAGAUCUGAAUGGCCGAGAGCCAGAUUAA